CAUUCUCAACAUUUUACUAAUCGAUGUUUUUGGCAAAAUUUUCACUUUUUCCAGUGAAAAUUUUAUUUUGCAUUUGUUUUGAAAAUUUGUGUUUAAAAUCAAAUAUAUAUGUGAUCUUUUAGUGCAAUAUAAUAGAAAAAUUACGUGUUAAUACAUUUCUGCUUAAAAAAUGGGAGCAUUUACAAGCCGUCAAAAUGGUGCCAUCGAGGAGGCUGAACAGAAUGCCAACAACCACGCCUAUAAAUAUCCUCCGCGUUCAGGCAACUUUUUUGGCAGUCACUUCAUCAUGGGUGGUGAGCGUUUUGACACACCUCAACCAGAAUCCUAUCUCUUUGGUGAAAAUGCAGAUCUAAACUUUUUGGGCAAUCGCCCUACAGCAUUUCCCUAUCCUCCACCACAAGCCAAUGAACCCACAAAGACUUUAAAAAGUCUAGUGAACAUACGCAAAGAGUCGGUACGUUUUGUGAAGGUUCCAAAAGAAAAGCAGGCCGAUGACCAGGCGGAUGGUAAUUGCUUGAGUGCUGCAGUAGCUGGUGAAGAGCAAAUUCCACCACCUUGUUUGUAUAAUAUUGAAUUUACAUUUGACUCGGAUGCCAAAUGUGCAAUUACCAUAUACUACUUCUGUAGUGAAGAAGUCAGUCCAAGUGGUGUAACACUAACGCCACGCGAUGGUUUGACCUCGGAGACGUAUCAUUUUGAUAAGGGCAUUAAUCAAUACUUUUCCCAACCCAGUCAUAUUUUCAAUCCGCAACUAAUACCAGAAGACGACUUAAUCUAUAAUCCCGGCAAGGAACAAUAUCCUGUUGCCAUACAUUGUGUAGUGGAAGAGGGCAAUGAAGAAUGUCGCCAGUCUCACACUACAAUUUGUGUUAUCGACCAUCAUCCAGAGAGCAAUAGUUAUGUGCUCAGAGCAUUGAAGCAAAAGAUUUUCGUUGAUGGCUUGUGCUAUUUGCUGCAGGAGAUCUACGGUAUUGAAAAUAAGGCCAUUAAUAAAAGUUCGAUUGAUGAAGACUUGGACGAUCAUGGUAGUGAAUGUGUAAUAUGUAUGAGUGAAACCCGCGACACUCUUAUUCUGCCCUGUCGUCACUUGUGUCUAUGUUAUUCGUGCGCAGACUCUCUACGUUAUCAGGCCAACUGCUGCCCCAUAUGUCGGGCACCUUUUCGCGCUCUGCUUCAGAUACGAGCUGUACAAAAAGGUGUUAACAAUCACGUUUUACAUCAAAAUACACCGACUUCAGCGGCCGGAGAACCGUUGGCCUGUGAACACCAAGUACCACCUGGAUUUAUACCAGUGUCAUUGAUUGAGGCCUUAAAUGGUCCGCCACAAUAUGUGGGUACGCGUCGAGGAGUCGGUGAUGGCAACGAUAUGAUUGAUGGCGGCAAUGGAGGCGCUGUAGUCAAUGGCACACCCACAGAACAUCAUAAGGCCACCUCACCUUAUAAACCCACAAGUCAAAGACGUUCUAAGGGUAAGAAAAAUGCUUCAACUUCAACUAAUUCAAAUGAAAUGGCCACCAUGACCAAUGGCAAUUCAACGAAUGGUGGUGCUGCCACACAAGGCAAAGACAAUUCCGAUGAAUCGGGCACAGAUGUUAAAAUCGUUGAUAAACGUUCUUCACAGGAUAAAUUACAGAUUGUCAAUGAACGGCAUAGCUUAAAAGUGCCCAAAUCCCAUAAACGUCACUCGAAAACAUCAACUGCAAAUCCGGAAAUGACUUCCACUGCUACUUCCACCCAUGAUGAGGGCGACGACGAUAGUGAAAACGAAAAAUUAUCACCUCUACUCUCGCCGGGUAGCAAAUGUAAGCCCAUACCGCCACAACUAGCUAAAUCAUUGACUGGUUCAGAAUUGGAUAACGAAGUUGAGGAAGAAGAACAGAAUAGCAUGAUGCAAGAGCCGAUGGUGGAUUUUAAGCCCAAGAAAAGUACUUCAUUCAAGAAGCACAAAAAAGCCAUCGAUAACAAAACUGAUAAAAUAACAAGUCCCAUUGAGACUACUACCACUUUGGCUCCUGGUGUUAUACCGCCACCGCCAACAGCGGCAGCCAAUGAAGAUUCCGAUUAUUAUACACCAGAAGAUCCACAAAAUUCCAUUUUAAGUCCUUUGUGUCCCGACAAAGCAAAAACACUAACAAGUGCUGGGGAAAAAUUAAAGAAUUCUUUGGUCAAGAAGAAUCUACACAAGAAAUCCACAUCGGUAGGUAAUAUUGUGGGUUCUAGUGGCAACGGACUAUCAACCACUGCUUGCUCUACAGGCGCAGUUGAUUUGAAGGGCAAUAAUGUCAGCUCAUUGCCAGAUAUGUUGGAUAGUCCGGUAAGUGCUACUUCUGCCUCGACUCGUAGUUCAAGUGACAGUUAUUCGUCUAGUUCGUCAACCAAACAACUAUUAAGUUCAAAUCCAAAUACAGCUGCCGCUGCAAAUAUAAUAGUGGAUGAUAAAACAUCUUUACAAAAUGCCGUUAAUGUUUAGAUUUAAAAUUUAAAUCUGUUUUUAAACUUGAUAAGUUUCUGUCCCUAUUUAAUGUUAUUAUUAUUAAUAUUAUCUGUAUCUCUAUUCAUUUAUAGAAAAUAUUUAUGUAUAUUUUUUAGGUAUUUCUUUUUUUUUAAUUAUAUCUGUAUAUUUUAAUCUUUAUUUCUAAUUGGCGAGGGUAGCAUUUUUAAUUUUAUGAAAAAUCAAAGGUAUGUGUAGUUUUUAAAAUAUCAUAUACUUACGUACGCAUUCAUAAAUAAAUAAAAGUUAAAAUAAGAAGUUUUAAUAAUCUUCUCAAUAUUCGAAAGUUACAAAUAAUAAAAGGACAUAAUAAAAAUAAAGUAUUUAAACGAA